AUGGCAAAGCAGUGGUCGCAUGGAUUGUUUAGUUGCUUUGAUGACUGUGGUACGUGCCUUGUAACGUAUUUCUGCCACUGUUACACCGCUGGAAAGAACGCCGAGGCUGUGGGCGAUAGCUGUGUCUUGUGCGGUCUGGCCACCUUUAUCCCUCUCGCCAACUUAUUCUUCAUGGCGCAGAUCCGAUCCAAGAUUCGUGAGCAGAACGGAAUCGAGGGUACGUUCCUGAACGAUCUCAUUGCAACUUGCUGCUGUCCUUUGUGUAUGCUGGUUCAGUCCGCCCAAGAAGUCAAGGGAAGUCCUGGAGCCAUGUCUAUCGCUCGUUCCUGA